GUUUCUUUGUAGCUCGGGACUUGCGAGUAGGAGAGGGAAAGAUAACGUCAGAGAUAAAAGGAAAGCAAUGGUGGGGAGGGAGGAGAAAAAAAGAUUACUGCAGAGUGAAAGGAUAUCCUCCCCUCCUUAUCCACAUGUGUACCCUCCCCUCUCCAUCUCUCAUCAUUUUCUCUUUCUACACUUAUUUCUUCAAUCCUCACACAUGCAUGCCUUGUUUUCAAAAUUGGAUUUUUCUUGAUUUUUAACAAGAAAAGCCAUUGAUACAGCGACAUGAAUACCGGGUUCUUCAUAGUUCAGACCUACCUUUAUUUUAGCAAGAAUUGAUCCCCCCAUGUGUUUUCUUUAUUAUUUUCUAUUUUUUAAAAAAAAAAUUUAAACCAGAAGAAUUGUCUGUUAGGGUGAAGCCAAAGGAGGGGAGGAGGUGAGGAUUUCUAGGGGUUUAAUACAAUCAAGGAAUUUAUUCCACUCUCUCUAGCUAGUUCUAUCAUAAUUUCCAUCUCCUUUGUCCAUAUUUACAGUCACAUACUUUCUUGAACAUCUUUUUUCUCAGCUACUUGGAUCUAUAUGAUUUGUCAUUAGCUAGAUCUCACUCUUUCACCACUUUGUUUUGGCACAAAGAUCACAACUUUUUUCUACUAGCCUCAUAUAAAGUCUUGUGCAUCAUCUGCUUGACUUCUGGUGAUGAUGAAAGACAUGAAGAUGAUGAUUCAUCAACCCAACAACUUGCAGACAGCUUUGGAUAAUCAAGAAAACAUGUCUAAUGUGACCUCCACUGCAUCUGGUGAAGCUAGUGUGUCUUCUACCAAUGGAGGAGUAGGAUUCUAUCCCCAACACUACUUUGCCAACAGUACUGAUAACAAUAACACUAUGGCUACUCAAACCCAACCCCAGCAGCAACUCAAGAGGAAAAGAAACCAACCAGGCAACCCAGACCCAGAUGCAGAAGUGGUAGCUAUGUCACCAAAGAGCCUGAUGGCAACAAACAGAUUUGUAUGUGAAAUAUGCAACAAAGGGUUUCAGAGGGACCAGAAUCUGCAGCUUCACAGGAGAGGGCACAAUCUUCCAUGGAAGCUGAAGCAAAGAAGCAGCAAAGAUAUUGUGAGGAAGAAAGUGUAUGUCUGCCCAGAAACUAGCUGUGUCCACCAUGACCCUUCUCGUGCCCUCGGGGACCUCACUGGUAUCAAAAAGCACUUUUCCAGAAAACAUGGCGAGAAAAAGUGGAAAUGUCCUAAAUGUUCUAAACGCUAUGCUGUUCAAUCUGAUUGCAAGGCUCACUCUAAAACCUGUGGAACUAGAGAGUAUAGAUGCGAUUGUGGAACCCUUUUUUCGAGGAGGGAUAGUUUUAUCACACAUAGAGCUUUCUGUGACGCAUUAGCGGAAGAGAGUACUAGAGCCGCCAUCGCCGGGAAUCACAUUUUCCAGCCGCCGCUCCCGGCGGAUUUCAGCACAAACCACCAUGACCUACCGGGAGCUAUGGCGUCUUACUCAAUUAAGAAAGAACAGCCCAGCGUGUACAGCAGCAUCCCCGGUUUCAACCUCCGCCCGGAGAUCCCGCCGUGGCUACUGCCCUGCCCGGCCGGUCCUCCGCCGGAAAUCCCAUCGUUUUUUCAAGAUUUCCAAAACCCUAACGCCGGCGGGCCGGCGUUCCCGGACUUCCACCCCACGGCCAUCGGGUCCGCCCAGUUCUCGGCGACGGCGCUGCUGCAGACGGCAGCGCAGAUGGGCGCGACCAUGACCGGCCAGUGGAUGGGGCCCGCGCUCGUGGAGAGUGGGGCCCACGUGGAUCACGUGUCUGCUGACCAGCUGCGGCAGAGCAGCCUGGUACCUGAUCAUUUCGGUCUGAAUUUGUCUUCACGCAGAACCGCCGAGGAGCUUUCAGUCAAUGGCUGGGGCAGAGCUAGCGUGCCCGCGGGCGCACCCUCCGCUACCAGUGCACCCUCGGGCUCUUUCUUCCAAGACGUUAUGAACUGUUUCUCGUCCUCUGACAAUAAUAACAACACCCCGGCUUUUCAAGAUCCGGCGGGGUUCGGCGGCCGUGGCGGCGGCGCUGGUUUCUUGAUGGGUAACAGCCCCAAGAAAGAGGGCGGCGGCGGAGACGGCUCCGGCGACGAAGUAACGAAGGAUUUCCUGGGUCUCCGACCACUGUCACGUAGUGAUAUAUUCAGCAUAACUGAUCUAGUAGUUAAUACUUCCAGUGAUCAUCAUCAUCAUGAUCAUGGUCUUGGUCAAAGUCAAAGGCCAUGGCAGCAAACAUAAUUGCUAGCUAAGCUCUUCUACUUGGUUAUAAACAGCAUUUGAUUUAAUUAAUUAAUUAAUUAAUUACCCAAGAUGCACAUGAACAUAAUUUGUCUUAAAUUCCUGUCUUUGUCUCCUCCCUCUUUGAUUUGGUAUUAUGAUCGAAACCCUCGUACGUUAUAUGUGUCAGCAACCCAACUUGCAUGCUGUCAGUGGAAUAUACGACUAAAUUUAAUCAUUAUUCCUAUAUUUAUUACGGGGUAAUUAUUGAAUUAAAUUAGAUACCUAUGUGGUUUUGUCCGAAUGCUUGUUUUUUGGUGAAUAGAAAAC